GUACCUGGAAAUUAAUGCUUAUUGAAAACGGUUACCACCUUGGAGGGAGCUGCAUCUUCCAUUCUUACUAAUAGAAAAUGAUCGUUUGCUUUGAAGCAGUUAAAGGAGAUACAUAAAAAAAUUACAGUGAACCAAUGGAACCAAUGGAAGAUAAGAACCAGACAGUAGUGACUGAAUUUCUCUUAUUGGGCCUCACAGAUCAUCCCUAUCAGAAGAUUGUUCUCUUCUUCAUGUUUCUCUUUGUUUAUCUUAUCACCCUGGGAGGUAACUUGGGGAUGAUCACUCUCAUACAGAUUGAUUCCAGACUCCACACUCCUAUGUACUUUUUUCUUAGGCACUUGUCUUUUGUAGAUAUUUGUUCCUCUUCUUCUGUUGCCCCUAAGAUGCUGUAUAAUAUCUUUGCAGAGAAAAAAGACAUCACUUUUCUGGGUUGUGCUGCACAGAUGUGGUUCUUUGGUCUCUUUGAGGCAGCUGAGUGUUUUCUCCUGGCUGCCAUGGCAUAUGACCGGUAUGUGGCCAUCUGCAAGCCCUUGUUGUAUACGAUCAUUAUGUCUCAGCAGGUCUGUAUGCAGCUGGUGGUAGGGCCUUAUGCCAUGGCUCUUAUAAGCACCAUGACUCAUACAAUUUUCACUUUUUGCUUACCCUUUUGUGGUUCAAAUAUUAUCAAUCACUUUUUCUGUGAUAUUUUUCCACUGCUUUCCCUAGCAUGUGCAGACACCUGGGUGAAUAAAUUUGUGCUGUUUGUCUUGGCUGGAGCUAUAGGAGUACUCAGUGGUCUGAUCAUCAUGGUCUCCUAUAUUUGCAUCCUGAUGACCAUCUUGAAGAUCCAGACUGCUGAUGGGAAGCAAAAAGCUUUCUCCACCUGUUUUUCUCACCUUGCAGCUGUCUCCAUCCUGUAUGGGACUCUUUUCUUGAUUUAUGUUCGGCCAAGUUCAAGUUCCUCCCUGGGUAUCAAUAAAGUGAUUUCUCUAUUUUAUACUGUGGUAAUCCCCAUGGUUAACCCCCUUAUUUACAGCUUGAGGAAUAAGGAGGUGAAAGAUGCAUUCAGAAGAAAAAUUGAGAGGAAAAAAUUUAUUAUAGGUAGGUAAAAGAAAAUUCUAUUUGUGUUGUAGCAUAGAUGUUGGUGCAAAAUAUGUAAUAAAAACAAAACUGGACUGAGAACCAGAAGCUGCAUGUGAGUACUGAUUCUGACAGGUCAUAGAUUAUUUAAAAAUGGAUAAGCUUUAAAAUAUUUUUCUGCCUCAGUCUUAUUUUCUGUGACAUAAUGAGAAUCUCAAAAUAAUAUAAAGAUGGACUGAGAAUAUAAAUAUAAAAAUAUACUAGAAGAAAAUGUAAGUGAACAUUUGAAAAAUCUUGAGUGUGUGAAUACUUUUGAACCCAGACAUUAAAAUGAAAAGUUAUAAAGAAAAGAUCAAAGCACAACAUACAAUGUU